AUGGAUCCCUCCAAGAAGAAACGUCUCCUUUUUGUGCAUUCCACCGGACCGACACAUGUUCACGGCCGUGAUAAGACUAGCAGGGCCAAGAUCCGUCGUCAUGUCAUGGAAGACAUUGGAAAAUCACGACGCAAGCCCCGGCGAAAUCCGCAGUUCAUGAUCAAAAUGCCCUUCUGGAGCCAGGAUCCGCUCAGCGUGCUCGAGCAACAGUGGGGAAUGGACGCGUUCUCGGCCUACGGAAUCACUUUGUUGGGUUCUGAAGGCAAAAGGUUUUUGGGCAAUGCCGAUGCAUUGACUCCUGAGGGGUUCUCGUUCCCUUUUGCCUUUACCUCGUCCGCAUUCCUCCGUCAUUUCAAGGCCAUCUUUUCCGACCAGUCUAUACUCAAAGCAAUCCAUCGUCAAUCAUCUGCGAGGAUCAAGGUCGUGGCAUUAGAACGCGCCUUGGAGACCAUCACAUGCAUCGAAGCGGCCAUGGCCAGUCCCAGCUUUGAUCCAGCGAUUGGGGACCGCGUCUUCUAUGCCAUCUUGUCCAUCAUCUGCUAUAAUCUCUUGGAGAUGGACUUGGAUCAAGCACGCGUUCAUUUAGAGGGCCUCAGCUUGCUGAUUGCUGCUCGAGGCGGCAUGAAAUCUCUAACGGGCAAUAACGAGCUGAGAUUGAUGAUAUUCUGGGUCGACGUCAUGACGUGCUUGCUCUUCGAUACCAGACCACGCUAUCCGCUGCCCCAGGAUCUCAUCCCUGCAAUGUCACAGACUGACCCAUCAAACGGUCUCCCGUUAUCACUCUUGAGAAUCAUGGCGGCGGUUGCUGACACGAGAGACUCGCAGCUGACUCACAUUCCAGCUUGUGUGACCGGAUUAAACGCAAUAGCUACCAUGAUCGAAUCAGAGCUGACUACGAGAGGGGAUUCCCUAUGGAAAGAUGAAAUCUUUCUGGGGCUACGAAUUAAUCCCCUCGCACAUCUUUUGUUCGACCACCCAAUACGAUCUACUAGGUUCUCAUCGCCCUUGGAUCAGACCCUGGCAUCAAUACGGCUAGGUGUCAUUGUUUGGAUCAUCUGCGUGAAACGUAUGUAUCGAUCAUGGCCCGGCUCUCGCAUGGCGUAUGUGCCUGAGUUGCUAGACUCUCUCAGCACACAGUCCAGCACCGCCUCGAAUACGUCGGAUGAUAUUCUUUCGGUGAACCUGUGGCUUAGUGUUCUUUGCGGGGUGGCAUCUUGUCACGGAUCGCGCGAACGGAAAGCGGUUGUCAGUUUGAUCGUAUAUAAUAUGCAACAACUAAACAACAAGGAAUGGAGCGAGAGCAUGAUGGAUGUACGGAAAAUGCCGUGGAUCAGCUCCUUCGAGGCACCCCUAGCUGAGGUGAGGCGUGACGUUCAAUGUCUCCGCGUCUUACAAUAA